UCUGGUGAUGCCCUGGCGGCAGCGGGCAUGGCGCCUCCCGCACGCUACUGCGUCCCUGGUGAGCGGCUGUGCAGCACGGAGGAGGCCACGGCUGGCAGCGGCACCUACACUCGUCAUGGCUUCAUCUUCUCCUCGCUGGCGGGCUGUCUGGAGAGAAAGAAUGAGGACAACGAGCUGCCCGUGGUGUCGGUGGUGAGAGACAGCGAGUCCCAGCUCCUGCCCAACGUGGGGGCUGUGGUGACAUGCAAGGUCUGCAGUAUUAACUCUCGCUUUGCCAAGGUCCACAUCCUGUAUGUUGGCUCCACGCCGCUGAAAUCCACCUUCCGAGGCACCAUACGGAAAGAAGAUAUCCGAGCCACAGAGAAGGAUAAGGUAGAAGUGUACAAGAGCUUCCGCCCCAGUGACAUCGUCCUGGCCAAAGUUAUCUCCCUGGGGGAUGCACAGUCCAACUACCUGCUGAGCACAGCAGAGAACGAGCUGGGCGUGGUGGUGGCACGCAGUGAGGCAGGGGUGCAGAUGGUGCCCAUCAGCUGGUGCGAGAUGCAGUGCCCACGGACACACACCAAGGAGUUCCGGAAGGUGGCCCGGGUGCAGCCCCAGUUCCUGCAGACAUAACACCCCAGGGGGCUGCAGCACUGGGGCCUGUGGAGCCAGAGCAGCCCCUGGGCUCCCACCCUCUUCACGGCUUCAGCCAGGCCUCCACUGGCAAGGACAGGUUUGCUACUUGUGGAUAAUAAAUUUUUUUUGAGA